CAUGGUAGAGGACGCAGAUACUUCGGAGGAGCGAGAGGACAUCAUUAUGAAGUAUGAGAAGGGACACCGAGCUGGGCUGCCAGAGGACAUGGGGUCUGAGCCUGUUGGAAUCUACAACAACAUUGAUCGCUUUGGGAUUGUGCAUGAGACGAAGCUGCCCCCUGUCAGCGCCCGGGAGGGGAAGCAAAUGAGGCAGGAGAUGAGACGCAAGAGCAAGUGGAUGAAAAUGCUGGGACAAUGGGAGACAUAUAAGAACAGUAAAAAGCUGAUGUCGCGAGUGUAUAAGGGCAUUCCCAUGCACGUCUGGAUGCAGGUGUGGUCAGUCCUCCUGAACAUUCAGGAAAUCAAGGUGAAAAACCCCAGAAAAUUCCAGGUCAUGAAGGAGAAGGGCAAGAGGUCAUCUGAACACAUCCACCAGAUCGACCUGCAUGAGAGCAGGACACUAAGGAGACAGCAUCUUGUUCCGGAUCGAGCACGGAGCCAAGCAGCGGAACUAUUCUACAUCCUCCUGGCAUUCGAGUAUAACCCGGAGGUGGGCUACUGCAGGACUUGAGCCAUGUCGUGGCCUUGUCUUCUCCUUUAUCUGCCUGAGGAGGAUGCAUUCUGGGCACUGGUGCAGCUCAGUGAGAGGCACUCCCUGGAGGGAUUCCACAGCCCAAAUGGCAGGACAGUCCAGGGGCUCCAAGACCAUCAGGAGCAUGUGGUACCCACGUCACAACACAAGACCAUGUGGCAUCUGGACAAGGAAGGACUUUGCACACAGGGCUUCUCUUUAGGCUGUCUCCCACACCUGCUAUCCCCACAGAUCUCUCUUGGGCUCAUCCCGCGCCUGUGGGACGUGUAUUUGCUGGAAGGAGAACAGGUGUUGAUGCCGAUGACAAGCAUUGUCUUUAAAGUUCAGAGGAAGUGCCUCACUAAGACGUCCAGGUUUGUCCUGUGGACACGGUUUCGGAACCUGUUCUUCCACACCCGGGAGUUGGAUGAUGACUCUGUGCUCAAGCAUCUUAGGGCCUCUACGAAGAAACUAACAAGGAAGCAAAGGGACCUGCCACCCCCAGAUGGGCUCCAGUCUGUUUUCCUUUCAGCCAAACCCAAGCAAGGGUUCUCGGCACCCAGGCCUAUUCCGGCUUCACGUGGCAGGAAGACCCUCUGCAAGGGGGACAGGCAGACCCCUCCAGGCCCACCAGCCCGGUUCCAGUGGCCCAUUUGGUCAGCUUUCCCGCCAUGGGCACCUCGUUCUUCCACACCCUGUCCUGGUGGGGCUGUCCGGGAAGACACCUACCCUGUGGACACUCAAGGUGUGCCCAGCCUGGCCCCGGCUCAGGGAAGACCUCAGGGUUCCUGGAGAUUCCUGCAGUGGAACUCGAUGCCCCGGCUCCCGACGGACCUGAAUGUGGGGGGCCCUUGGUUCCCCCACUGUGAUUUUGAACAGAGCUGCUGGGUCCGUAUCAUAUCCCAGGAGGACCAGCUGGCCACCUGCUGGCAGGCGGAACACCCUGCGGAGGUGGUGAGAUUGGCUUUCACUGCACCCAGCACUGAUUCUGAUCAGGACACCCCCUUCAUAGCUAGGGACGAACAGCAGUGUCCCUCCUCAGGGCCUUGCCUCUGCCACCUCUACUUGGAAAGUUCUCAGUUCCCUCUAGGCUUCUAG